AUGUCCGGCAAGUCGCCAUUGGGCAAUCUAUGCUGCCUCCCAUUGGAGGUCCGGGAGAUCAUCUACGGCUACCUCAUUCCUCCCUCUCGGCUUCCUACGAUACUGCGAUCCCGGCAUCUCGGAGUUUCAAGCAUAUCACAUCGCCCUCCUCCGCUAGAUCUGCUGCUCAUUUGCAGCCAACUAUACGUAGAGGCGCUCGAUUUGUUCUACAGAAAAUGUGUCUUCAAAUUUGACGGCCUGCUAGAUCCGGCGAACAUUUGGCCCUUGUGGCAAGUUGAGGAGGUGCUGGGCGGCAGCGAACUGGGCUUGGUCACGCUCGCGAACAUGCGCAAAGUCGAGCUGAACCUGUUUUGGCACCGUCUACCAGAUGGUGGCGUCGCGAACAGAGCGUUGGCGAACAGCGGAAGCGAUUAUAGGACCGUUUUCAAAUCCGAGAUUGACAAGAGAGUGGAGCGACUGGGACGGGCCGUGCAGGUCCUAAAGAGAGCGGAGCAGCUUCGAACUGUCGUGUUGACCUGGAAGGAGAUACCAUCUCGCAGUGGCGAAGAGCCGGCGGACUGGCCACUGAAAGAGAAGGUUCUGAGGACUCUUGGAGCUCUGCGGGGUCCUAAGUUCGUUAUCGGAGACCUUGUGGCUUCUGCUAUAGUCGAGAGAUCGAUCCUAGCACUUAUUGCCGAAUGGAACGCCACAGAUCCAGAGUCAGUGGAUCGGUUGUCGCCCCAACCGUCGGGAUGCGUGCGGCAGAGGGAAUACCUGGACCUUGUCGAGCAGCAACAGUCGCUUGCGAAAUUCAACAACCAAUCAAGCAAACACAGAUCAUAUUUUGAAUAG